GGGACGAGUGGUUGACUUUGAAAUAGUUUUCCUCCAUCAAAUUAUGCGGUAGAAAAGAGUUUCCUCCCUGUUGCGGUGCGCGGAAUUGAAGUUUGUGUUGUUGGAACUGCAACACAAGCUGUUGCGUGUCGUCAGGGUACAGUUCAUAUGAAGCCAGAAAAUCUGUAAUGCGGAAAGCGCCACACGAGAAAAGCUGUUGUAUUGUGCGCUCAUGCAAUUAUGAUGAUCGGAUCUUUGUUCCGCGUGUGUGGUUCCAUUCUCAUAGCAUGAAAAACUAUGACGAUCGGAGUCUAAAAAUGAGAAUUGGUCGAAUCUGACUAGCGGAUCUUUGUUCCGCAUGUGUGGUUCCAUUUGUAUAGCAUGAACAGCAAGACAAACACCAGCACACGGGGAUGCUCUGCAUGACAAGUUCAUGCGAUCAGUGUAGUACUGUUUGAGCUUCCAAAUGUUGUAAUGCGAACUUUGCAUGACAAACUAUGAUGAUCGGAGUCUAAAAAUGAGAAUUGGUCGAAUCUGACUAGCGGAUCUUUGUUCCGCGUGUGUGGUUCCAUUUGUAUAGCAUGAGCAGCAAGACAAACACCAGCACACGGGGAUGCUGUGCGUGACAAGUUCAUGCGAUCAGUGUAGUACUGUUUGAGCUUCCAAAUGUUGUAAUGCGAGCAGCACCAUUAGGCAGAAACUGAAUUUGCGACUUUGCGUGACAAACUAUGAUGAUCGGAGUCUAAAAAUGAGAAUUGGUCGAAUCUGACUAGCGGAUCUUUGUUCCGCAUGUGUGGCUCCAUUUGUAUAGCAUGAACAGCAAGACAAACACCAGCACACGGGGAUGCUGUGCAUGACAAGUUCAUGCGAUCAGUGUAGUACUGUUUGAGCUUCCAAAUGUUGUAAUGCGAGCAGCACCAUCAGGCAGAAACUGAAUUUGCGACUUUGCAUGACAAACUAUGAUGAUCGGAGUCUAAAAAUGAGAAUUGGUCGAAUCUGACUAGCGGAUCUUUGUGUCCGCUGCUGUGCAGACUUACCUUUAAGCUCCCCCAUCUGAUUUGUUAUUUCAACGGUUUGAUGAUGUCGCAAGAUCUUACCUCCACAAUGGCAUAUUAUGCUUAUUCAUGCCCAGCACCAUAUCAUGCAGGAACGAUGAAAACACAUUCACCGCAGAGGACGCUAUGAAUUUUCACUUUACGACCCAGCAAGACCUGCCAUUGACGAGAUACCACAAAAU